AUGGAGACGGCGCACACCCGUCUAGCCACAGAGCUCCCCAUCGAGAGCUACACGCUCCCUCGUCGUCCCUGGCGCCGCUACGUCACCUCGUUUGAGGAUAUCCUCGACCACCACUACAAGGGCGCAGGCACCGAGUCUGAUCCAUACGUCGUCGACUGGCUACGCGACGACGCGGAGGAUCCACAGAAUUUCCCCGCCUCCUACAAGUGGUUUCAGGUCGGGUUGACAUCGCUUCUGACUCUGGCGGUGACACUUGCAUCUUCGGGGUAUGCGGGUGGCAUCAAGUCGCUCAUGAUUGAGUUUGGCGGCAGCUCGGAGCUGUGGGUCGGCGGUGUCUCCCUCUUUGUCCUUGGAUUCGCCUUCGGUCCUCUGCUAUGGGCCCCCACAUCCGAGGUCUUCGGUCGCCGCAUCGUCUACCUCGUUUCGUGCUUCUUCCUCACCCUCUGGCUAGCCGUGACCAUUGUCGCACCCAACCCCGCCGCUAUCCUCGUGUUCCGCGGGCUCUCGGGCUUCUUUGGCUCGUCGCCCCUCACCAAUGCCGGCGGCACCGUGUCCGACCUCCUCACAGCCGAGCAGCGCGGCAUCGGUAUGGCUCUCUUCUCCGCAGCACCGUUCCUGGGUCCUGCCCUUGGCCCAAUCUCAGGCGGCUACAUUGGUGACGCUGCGGGGUGGAAGUGGGUGAUGGGCUUCCUUGCCAUCCUCUGCGGAGUGGUGUUCGUCGUCCUCGUCCUCUUCACACCCGAGACCUAUGCCCCGACUUUGCUUCGCCAGCGAGCCGAGCGCCUCUCCAAGGCCACGGGCAAGGUGUACCGCUACCGCGGUGAUGCGCAAAAGCCGCUCGAGGUCAUCCCUCUCUUCCGUGCUGCUUUGCUACGCCCAUGGCGCUUCCUGCUCGAGCCAGUGGUGCUGAUCCUGUCGAUCUACAUCAGCAUCAUCUAUGGCACGCUCUACCUCAACUUUGCGGCGUAUCCGAUCAUCUUCCAGCAAAUGCGCGGCUGGUCGAGUGGCGAACAGGGCCUUGCUUUCCUCGGCAUUGCCGGCGGCGUCGUCAUCGCCAUCACCGUUGUUCUUCUCAUGGUGAACAAGGCUUACGUCAAGGCCAGCCAGCAGAAGGGCACCCCGCCGCCUGAGGAGCGCCUUCAGCCCGCGUUCAUGGCUGGUGUCAUCUGCGUGGUUGGUCUCGCGGGCUUUGCGGCGACGUGCGGGCCCAACGUGCAUUGGAUCGCCUCAAUUCUCUUCGGGAUCCCCUUUGGCUUUGGCAUGGUUCUCAUCUUCCUCUCGACAAUGGGUUACCUCGUCGACAGCUACACCAUAUAUGCGGCGAGUGUGCUAGCUGCCAACUCGGUGUUGCGCUCGCUCUUUGGCGCUGCAUUUCCCCUCUUCACUCCCAAGAUGUACGAGCGUCUUGGUGUGCACUGGGCGGCAGCCAUCCCGGGCUUCCUGGCUUUCGCGUGUGUCCCCUUCCCCCUUAUCUUCUACAAGUACGGCGCCGCCAUCCGUGCGCGCAGCAAGUACGCAGCGGAUGCUGAGCGCACAAUGAAGCGGCUCACAGAGGAGCGCCGCGCCGAGCUCGAGGAAGAAGAGGCCGCUGGGAAGAGCGGUGACCUGUACGUUGCGGGAGGGGAGAAGCCGGCCCUCGGCCGCGUCAAGACGGGGGCGUCCAUCACGCGUCCUAGCCAUCCUAAGAAUGACGCGUGGAUCCAGUGGCGGGUUCUGGCCGAGCGCGAUGAGGUGGACCUAUCGGACGAGCAGCGGAUGAGCGUGCAGCAGGGUGCACGCGAGUUUGCGCCGUACCAUCAUCCAUCGAGCGUGUAG